AUGAGGCGGCCUUCUGGAGUUCCAGAAAUGUUCCAUAUCAUUCUUAGAAGCAAUGUGAUGGAUAAAAAAAAGUCAAUACUCACUUCCCCGAGAGGGAAGGCGGAAGUGGUUCAUUGCUGGAGAACAGAGUCACAGGAUAUUAACUGUAUUAAAAGCCUCAUUCGAAAAUUUACCUAGAAGCUGUUUGGGAGGCUUAAUAUCAUCUAUCUUCUAGAAAAGGCAAACCUUGCUAUUACCCUCUGCAAUGACAAGGAGAUCAUGGACCAGGCCACCUUCCUGGACUAUCCCAACUGGAAUGUUGCCAAGCAGGAUGACUGGGUUUCAGUGUUCAGGGAGCUCGAUGGUGAAAUCCCAUGCACACCUCUGAAUACAUUGUUCAUGCACCUCUUUGCAGCCAUGGAUGAGUAUUCCGUUGGCUGUUGCAAAAAGAUCAUUUGGACUGUGUUCAAGGUGGUGCCAGAACUGCACUUCAUAUUUCUCAUAGUGCCAUCCUACAUGAGCCUAGGCUCAACUCUCAUAACUGUUUUUGACCAAGUGGGGAAUGUUCUGUGUCUGACAUAUGAGGAGGACUUUGUAGUGCAUAUAUGUCACAGGCACAGCCACUACCCUCGGCUGCACAUCUGCAAAGCCAGGGUGGAAGAUCAUGAUGAUCUCAUGCCAGUAUUUAUGCGCCAUGACACACUUCUGAAGCAAACUUAUGGAGAAUACUUCCUGGCCGAACUGAUCGAGGCCCAAGACGAAGAGAAUCAUGCUGUGGUGUGUGAGGUGGAUGGCAUCGCUGUUAGGUUCAGGAGUGUUUGCUCAAGAGGGAACAUGCAGUUGCUGCAUGAGUGCUUUGAUUUGGGGCCUUUCCAUGGACUCUGUGUCCUACACACUGAUGAUGAUCUGCAGCCACCACAAGAGCUAAGCAUUCAGGGAAUUCAAGGCACAAGGAAAGCCAUAGAAGAAGCCACAGAGGAGGAACCUUUAACAGCAGUCCAAAGUGGACAUACUAGUGAAAUGGAGGUCAUAGAGAAGCACAGUCCAGUGUCCACGGUAGACGAGCUGGAGCCCGGUGUGAGCAGCAGAAGCUCAGCAUCCCUCUCGCUACCUGAGGAGCCGAGCCAGUUCCGCCCCAUCUACAGGGGAGCCUCAUCUGCCUUUUGUGUUCAGCUGUUUUGUGUUGAUGAGAAGUAUGAAGCAAGGUCGCUGAAUUUUAUGAAUUUUGUUUUCAGUCUUUUUCCUGAUAAGAACUUCUGCAUAAUUUCUCUGCCCCAACUCACCCCUGAGUUUGUCCUCAUCCAAAACUUCGUGGAGGUGGCCCCCUCCAGCAGCUGUACCCUCGAGCAAGAACUUUAUGUCUUGCAUUAGGCCAGGUUGCUCAAGUCCAUUACUAUAAGAUCAGCCAAUUGCACGGAUACUCCUCAUGUUGAAAAUCUCAUCAGCACCAUCAUGCCGGGUCAAAACAUAUUGGAGGAUUUAGCCCAAUACAAUGAGGCUCACAGAGAUCCUGUAAGUACCUGAUUACAGAUUUUUAUUGCAAAAUGCAUGCAGUUUUUAAAGAACAUUUGUUUAAAACGUCCUUUCCCACCUCUUCGCUAAGAUGUAGAGUACAUACGAUCCCAUUACAACAUCGAAGAUUUCAUCUACUUCAGUCACCACCAGCACGAGGAACACUGUCACCUGCAUCACUUUGCCCUCAACCCCAUUUUCCAGCACUACACCAAGUUCUUUCUGAAGGAGAUCCCUCAUUUAGGGUAUAAGUCCUGUCUCUACUACCCUAUUUACCCAAAAUCCAGGGAAGACAAGUUCCAGAACUCCUACACCUACUCCCUGACAUCUGCCCUUCAUUACUUGGUUCCCGUGCGACCACGACGACAGAUUGUCUAUCCUCUGGAAAAGCUUGGCAUAAACGCUCCAUCAGAGGCGGUCUCCAAGGAUCUGGUCACUUAUGCUUUGUACCAUACAAACAAAAAACUAAUGUUAGAACCUAAAAUAACUGUCAAUGCCAGGAUUGCUGUGGUUGGUGCAUCGAGUGUUGGAAUUUCCUUUUUAGAGACACUGGUAUUUUGCUCUCACCUGAAAUUCAAUAAUCUCUCCCUGAUUUCAACUCAUGGACUCCCAGGAAAAAAACUUCUGGCCACUGAACAAAGGAAGUUUUUAGCAAGCGACCACUGUUUUAAUGAUAAAGAUUAUGCAUUGAUGUCACUGUGUUCCUGGGUGAAUGUUGUGGUUGGUAGAAUGACCAGCAUAGAAUGAGCAGCCAAGCGCAUCGUGCUUUCCAUGGGAGAAAUCGUGUUCUAUGACUUCCUCAUCCUCUGCACUGGGUGGCAGUACUAGGUCCCCUGCCCUAUGGGUGCCGAUAUUAGUCAACAUCUGAUGAACAGAGAAGUUCCAAACAGUAAUAAGCGUCAAUACACUGGUAAAGUUCCUUGCAACCAUUUCACUCUCAGUGACGACGAAGAUUGCUUUAAGGCCCUGACUUGGAUAAGGAACAACUCCAUCACCACAGAAGGGAAUGUCAUUGUCUAUGGGAAUACAAUUGAUGCUUACACCACAGUGGAAAUGCUCUUAAACAUUGGCGUGAGGGGCGCCUGCAUCUACCUCGUGCAGCCCCCGUCCACCUCAGCCGUCACCUGCAUCAACAACUACGAGGUAGAAAGUGCAGUGAACGAGGCACUCAGGGCAGCCAGAGUGACCAUCUACCAGGACGAGAUCCUGGCUCAGUGGAACGAGGGCCUGUCCCCCGACCCCAUCCACAGUUCCUGUUUCACCACACCCACCAAGCCUUUCAGACUCCAGUGCUCUAUGUUCUUCAGCUUCUGUGAGAAGAACGUGGAUUAUGAAACAUUCAAAGCACUCAACGAUGCGUGUCUUGUCUAUGACGGCCGACUUGUGAUCGAUGCCAACUUCCACACCAAUGACGUAGCCAUCAGAGCUGCUGGCCCCCUCACCAAAUUCUCCAAUAGAUAUUACGCAUAUGAGUGGGCUCACAGCAAAUUCAGUUCCAAAGAAAUCGGCUUUCACCUGGCAGCAGCUGUGCUCAGUGUCUUUGACCCGACCCUUGAGCCUGUGACUGAGCUGCCAGAUGGUCUUGACCUGCCCAUCCCCAUGUGCAAGGGAGCCAAGAUCCAAGGAGGCAUUCUUCUUGGGUCUUACCAUUAUCUGCAUAUUGCCAAGCCUGCCAUUCCAAUUCCCUUGGAGGUACAAAUGUUACAGCCUGAUUUUGGUUUAGAAAUAGUAACAGGUAGUGCAAAAAAUGGGGCUUACUUUCAAAUUCAUAUCAACAAGUAUAAAAUGGUGGAAACCAUCACAUGCCUUUCUAAGGAGCCCUUUCCUGCCUCCAACUACAUCUGCUUGUACGGCCAGCACGAGCAAGUCCUCAACAAUCUGUGUGCUCGCUACGACGACAACCUGAUCACAGAUCUCUACAGCUACUUCACGGAGCCCUGGUGCAUGGCCGUCUUCCACGAUCGUUUUAUUGAUCUCAAGAAAGAGUUACGCCAAAUCUUAGCCUCCAAGGAGGAGGAAGACCUUCCUUCCAUAGAACAGUUAGCCCGUCGCAUAGAAAACGAGGAAAUAGACCUGAGGGAGAAGCCCAGGCAAUACCUGCAAAGAGUUUUCCAGGAAACCAUCUACAGGAGCCUGGCGGAGCAGCGCGUCGUUGACUUCCUGGGCUAUAAUCAUUACCACCUGCCCAUGUAUGCGUGGCCAGGCAUCAUCUAGUGGUGGCCAAGGUCUCCACUUCGUUGUUUUCAAUCGUUUAGUUCCUGGAAGUGCUCGGUAGAAA